AUGGCCGGCGACGGCGCCGGCGCGGCCGGGCUGCUCCUCCUCCUGGCCCUGGCCGCCCUCGUCGCGGCGGCGGCGGCGGCGUCCGAGGGCGACGUGCUGCUGGCGCUCCGGGCGACCCUGCGCGGGCCAUCCGGCGACCGCCCCCCGGCGCCGCUCGACCAGUGGGUCUCCUCCGCCAGCACCGGCCCGUGCCAGGACCCGAUCUGGUACGCGGUAAAGUGCUCCUCCAACAAGGUGCUCGGCAUCCGCCUGGAGUACCUCGGCCUCCAGGGCAACGCCCCCGACAUGGCCCCGCUCGCGGCCCUCACGUCCCUCCGCGUGCUCAGCUUCGCCAACAACAACCUCACCGGCCCGUUCCCGCCCGGGCUCACCGAGCUCCCGGCGCUCAAGAUGCUCUACCUCUCCCGGAACCGCCUCAGCGGCGAAAUCCCCGGCGACACCUUCGAAGCCAUGAUGGGGCUCAGGAAGCUCUUCCUCGCCGACAACGCCUUCACGGGCGCCAUCCCGGACACCAUCACCUCGCCCAAGCUGCUCGUGGUGCAGCUCGCCAGGAACCGCUUCCAGGGCAACAUCCCGGACUUCGACCAGAAGGACCUCCAGCUCUUCGACGUCUCCCACAACCGACUCUCCGGCCCCAUCCCGCAAGGCCUCCGGCGGUUCAAGGCCGCCUCGUUCGAAGGCAACACGGACCUCUGCGGCGCGCCGCUCGACGUUGCGUGCCCUCCAUCGGCGCUUCUCGGCGCUUCAGAUUCGUCAGACUCAUCAGACAGCAUGAGGGUCCUCAUGAUCAUCGCCAUCGCGGUGGUGGCAUUCGGCGGCCUCCUCGCCAUCAUCGGCAUAAUCACGGCGCUCGUCUCCCGCCGCAAGGACAACGACGAGCCGGCCGACGCCACUGAGACACCCGGCGAUGGAGGCGGCAUUGCCAAGAUGCAGUCUACCGCCGACAAGUCCAUCAAGAUCGCACAGGCUGACUCGGAGCAGCGCGGCGUGGUGGCGCCGGUGCCGUCCAAGCGCGGAGGGCGGCGCGACGGGCUGGUGUUCCUCCAGGAGGGCCGGGAGCGGUUCGAGCUGGAGGACCUGCUCCGGGCGUCGGCGGAGGUGCUCGGCAGCGGCAACUUCGGCGCGUCGUACAAGGCGACCCUGGUUGACGGGAAGCCCAUGGUGGUGAAGCGGUUCAAGGAGAUGAACGGCGCCGGGCGGGCGGACUUCAACGAGCACAUGCGACGCCUCGGCCGUCUCGUCCACCCCAACCUCCUCCCCGUCGUCGCCUACCUCUACAAGAAGGACGAGAAGCUGUUCGUCACGGAGCACAUGGUCAACGGCGGCCUGGCUCAAAUCCUCCAUGGCGGAGCGACGUCGAGCCUGCCGCGGCUGGACUGGCCGGCGCGGCUGAAGAUCAUCAAGGGGGUGGCGCGCGGGCUGGCGUACCUGUACGAGGAGCUGCCAAUGCUCACCGUGCCGCACGGGCACCUCAAGUCCUCCAACGUGCUCCUGAACGCCGACCUGGAGCCCAUCCUGAGCGACUACGCGCUGGUGCCCGUGGUGACGCCGAGCCACGCGUCGCAGGUGAUGGUGGCGUACAAGGCGCCCGAGUGCACGGCGGCGGGGCGGGCGAGCAAGAAGAGCGACGUGUGGACGCUGGGCAUCCUGGUGCUGGAGCUGCUGACCGGCCGGUUCCCGACCAACUACCUCCGGAAGGGGCGGGAGGGCACGACGGACCUGGCCGGCUGGGUGCACUCGGUGGUGCGGGAGGAGUGGACCGGCGAGGUGUUCGACAAGGACAUGCGCGACACCCGCAGCGCCGAGGGCGAGAUGGUGAAGCUGCUCAAGGUCGGGCUCGGCUGCUGCGACACCGACGUCGCCGUGCGCUGGGACAUCAAGGAGGCGCUGGCGCGCAUCGAGGAGGUCCGCGAGCGCGACCCCGCCGACGACAGCAGCACCGCCUCGUCCUACCUCAGCGACGGCGGCGGCGCCGGCGCCGCCAGCGACCACCCGCACUCCCUCUCGACGUAA